CCUCAUUUUUGCAUCACUAGAAGAGGACAUGAAAUCUAUGACGAUUCUGUGAGGAUCUGCUGCAAUGGGGAGAUCAAACUGCGCGUCAGAGAUCAAGAGUGCUGUGGUGAUGAGAACUUAUACUUCACCAGCGUAUCGAUCUGUUGUGGAGGCAAGAUUGAGGAUCGAUUUGUGCCACCACGAGGGAGCGGACAGAGAACGUGCUCCAGCAACGAUGAACAGUGUCGUGAACAAAUGUGCUGUGGUGGAAAACCCGUGGACAAGGAAGACACAAUGUGUUGCCAGCAACAGUCCAUCCAUCUCAAUGAUACACAGCAGCUAGAAAGAGAUUUUCUUCAGUGCUGUGGCAACACAACCAUAAACACUGUAUCACAUUUUUGCUGUGGGGGUAAGACAUUUCUCAGACAUUCAGCAUUAGAAUGCUGCGAUGGGAAGAUCUAUGACAAACGAGCUGAGAGAUGCCUGACCACCUUCAAACCUCACAGAGUGGUCAGCAAAUACGAGCAUAUCUGCGGACUCCAGAAGUAUGAUACUAGAAACAACAGCUGCUGUAGUAGAACUCUGCAUGAUAUGCCAGAAAUGAACUCAUUAAACCCAACAGAACGGAAUCACAAGUUCAGCUGUUGUGACACAAUCGCGUACGACAGCACAACAGAAAAAUGUUGUAGAGAAAAUCACACAGGAUUCCCCACUCACACAAUUAUGAGGAAACCAAAUAUCUAUUGUUGUGGAAAUGGUUUCUAUAACGCUACCCACCAGGACUGCUACAAUGGUAGACAACUGGAGAAAGUAUUUGGCAAAGUUCGCUGUGGUUACACAUACAUAGAUGGAGACAGGGAACAAUGCUGUGGCAAUACUGUCUAUAGCACAGAGACUCACCAGUGUUGUACGGGUGACUCAGUCAGUGUAAUAUCUAAAGAUCAUAUCUGCUGUAACGGACAGGCCAGUAACGAAACUGUCUUUUGCUGCGAAGGCAUCACAACACGGGCUAAAAGAAGACCAGACGAUGACGAAUGCUGCUACAAUUUCAAAACCAAAGAAGCACAGACCUACAAUUCAAAGAAAAACGAACACUGUGUACAAGGAGAGGUCACACUGUUGCCAGAAGGUGCCGAGCCGUGUGGUCUAUUGAAUUUCUAUUUUCCGGAAUCUCAGAUCUGUUGUGGACAGCGCGUGUAUAAUAUUGCUGCAGGAUAUGAUAACUGCUGCGACGAUAAACCAUACAACAGUCUCAGCCAGCAGUGCUGCAACUAUGAAAUCAGCAAUAUAUCUCCACAGGAGGGAAGCUGCUGCAGUAAAGACUUCAGAGUCUACAGAUUCGACGAUAGAAACAACCCAUGCAGAAGCUCUUGUGGCAAUGUGACAUACGAUGAGGAAUUUCAGAUCUGUUGCGGGGGCGUUGUGCACGAACUGAGUGAGGACUCUGAGUGUUGUGGGAAUUCUGUGAUCAGUUCAUCGCGGGAGGGUUGUUGUGGAAAUAUGUUUCCUUGGUCGAGACGUGGGAAUACUCGAUGUUGUGGAAACAGGGAAUUGUACAAUAUACAGUAUGCAAAGUGCAAAAAAAGCAAGGUUGUCCACCAGAACGCCACGCUUCGAAAGCUGUCUGAUGUCCAGUAUUUAUGCAGCCAGUCUGGCAUGAAGCACUUGGACGGAGGUAUUAAACACGCUUGUGAAAGUAAACACAUUAUCAAAGCGAGGCUGACCCAUGUUCAACUCGUAGAAAACCAUAUUUUCAACAGCACUCUAAUUUAUUUAAACUUCUCUGACAUUUCUGCCGUGCGCAGAGAUGAACAGUUCAACGCAUCAUGGACAGAACACGACAAUCUUGUAUUUAGUAUACAAGUUCCAAACAACAAGAACAUCCAAUGUAAGAAAAGUUAUUUACUUAGAUUUUGUAAAGUUAUUGUUUUCUUCAGUGGAAGUUUGAAAGGUGGAAAUGUAAGAAUUAACAAAAAUUCUAAAUUUCUAAUGAUCAAAUAUUCCAGAAAAAGGGAAGCAUUAAUUACGAAAAAAUUGCCUUUUGAAUUCUGUAAGAAGAAUUUCAAUGUACAGUAA